GGAAGUAUCAUCACUUAUUAUAAUAUCUAUGUUUUGAUCGGCCCCACCAAUUGUUCUUUCUUCUCUAGCUUGCUUUAUGCUGUUUUAGGACAGACAUACAUUUGAAGGGGUUUGCAUAUUGCACCAGGGUUUCAGAGUGGCUCAGGAAAUGCAAUAAUUAGUAACUGGACCAGCGUGCUUGCAAGGCUGAGAGAUCAGAAAGAGAAACCAACACCAUGAACUCUUGUCGGUUGUUUUGCAAGACAAAACUUGCAGUCAGUGUAGUCAUCACUCAUCACUCACUUUGAGUAGUGCAAAACAACCCACUCCUCUAACCUCUUCCUUUCCUACUUAAUUAAACAACACCCCUUCUUCUCAGUUCUCACCUCACACCCGUUUUCUGUUAAGUGUUAAGUUGUUAAGAUUGAUCAGUUUCCAGAUGUUUUUCUUAUUCAAUGUCAUGUGUUUCAGGUCUUCUAAUUAAUGUCUCUAUUUCCUCUUUCUAUUUAUCUCUCUCCUUCCAGGUGCAACUAACCUUUAAUUUCUUUCUUCUUCAAAUCUAAAGUCCAAUAGUGCUGCAAAGGGAAGUCCAAGUUUAGGUACCCCAGGGUCCCAGUUGAGAUAGUCUCAUCUAAGUUCAAUCAAUUCCCAAAAAAAUUGUCCAUUUUUCCAUCUCUCUCUUCAUAUUUUACUCUUGUUCAAAAGAAUUGUCCUAUGUAUUAGUGCUACAAUAUACGGUGCUACAAUAUACGGUAUAAUUGAUUCUACUGUGAAAAUCAAUUCUUGAGAAAAAACUUCUAUCAGUAGUUUCUAAGUGCUAAAAUUGAUUUUGAAAAAAGAGAAAUUGAUCGAAACAUUUCUAUGGAUGUUAGCAUUGACUAGUGAAAGUUGAUUAGCUGAGUUUAGUGUAGCACCCAAAACGUCAAUAUCAGGAAAAGCACAGGUAAGAAAAAGUUGUUGGUGAGCUACCUUAAUUAGGGGGGAUGAAUUAGGGUUAUACAGGAAGAUCCAAAACCAUAAUCAAACAAAAAACAUGAUGGUCUAAGCAAGCCUAGAUUAGAAACAAAGAUAAAAAAAGGGAUGAUGAGAUCAAUUUAGCUAGGUUUUAGCCCUCCACUUUGAUUAAUUAGAACUUAGAUUUGAUUAUGGAAAUGAGAGAGAUGCCUUCCACUUUGAUAUAUAAUCUCCCCAACAGAGAUUCCUCUUCUCCAUCUCUACCUUCAAGUAGUGAUCAGCCUUCUCAAACUCACACAAUAAUCUUCAAUCAUCCACCUAAACUUUCUCAUAACCACCACCAUCAUAUUUAUACCCCUUCUUCUACUUCUCCUCCUCUUCCACCAAACUCAGUUCAACUUCAACAACAACCCACAAGAGAUCCAGAUCCAAGUUCUUCUUCUUCUCUAUUAAUUAGAUACAGAGAAUGCCUGAGGAACCAUGCAGCGAGAUUAGGGAGUCAUGUCACAGAUGGAUGUGGCGAGUUCAUGCCAAAUGGAGAACAAGGAACCCCAGAAUCAUUGAUCUGUGCUGCUUGCGAGUGCCACCGCAAUUUUCACAGAAAAGAGGCUCAAGGAGAACCUCAACAAGUUUCCAACUAUCAUCACAACAAAAGCAAUGGUCAGAACAGGAUUCACCCUUCUUCUCUGCAUCAUAAACAUGGAUUUUCUUCGUCACCAGGGUUGAUGAUGGGCUUUGGGGGAGGCAGUGGAGGCCCUGCAGCUGAAUCCUCAAGUGAAGAUCUCAACAUGUUUCACCAGUCCAAUGAUGGAGGCCAAUUAUCAGUGCAGCCACCACUAUCAUCAAAGAAGAGGUUCAGAACUAAGUUCACCCAGCAACAAAAGGACAGGAUGAUGGAGUUUGCUGAGAAACUGGGGUGGAAGAUCCAGAAGCAAGAUGAAGAGGAAGUGAAGCAAUUCUGCUCUCAUGUUGGUGUAAAAAGACAGGCUUUCAAGGUUUGGAUGCACAAUAGCAAGCAAGCAAUGAAGAAGAAGCAAAUCAUCUCACUUUCUUGCAAAUCGAAGUUGAAGAAAAUAGGAUCCCCCACACACCCAAUCACACAAUUUUGUCCUCUAAUGGGUUACCGACAGAUGAAUUACCAGACAGCUUCCGCUCUUUUAGGGACUAGCCUUUCUGAAGUACUGAUUGAGUGUGGUCUACCAUCAAGAUAUAAUCAAAAGAAACAAAGGCUGGAUAAAAGAGAUGAACAUGGAUGACGGAGGGAGAUUUCACGCAUUCUAUAUGUGGGGAAAGGGUAGCUCAGCUAAGGAAAAUGAAAGGAGUUGCAGAGUAUCAUGGUUCAAACUAUGACGAAUGAACUAAUUUACUAACAAUUAACAACUAACAUUUGCUUAUAAAAAAAAGCAUUCUAUAUAUUUAAAUUAGCUUUGUGUUUUGUUAUAUGUUCAAUACCAAUUCUGUCCAUGUUAUGAGAUGGUUGGUAAUGUGAGAAGGUAAGAAGGUAAGAUAAUUGGGUGAUUUCUCAUUCAUUUGAAAUAGGUAUAAAUACCAAAACAAUACAAUCAAAGUCAACUAGCUAAUUAUGCACAACAUAAUUACAGGGAUCUAAUUGCUUAAUUACAGGAAAGGAAUAUAUGCAUAUCCUACUCUAUCACACCCCCGCAGUCGAAGCGGGAGGUUCACUAACGCUGAGACUGGUACGAAAAUUAUCAAAGAGAACUCGAGGGAGACCUUUGGUGAAGAUAUCAGCAAUCUGGUGACGAGAAGGAACAUGAAGGAUGCGUGCUUUACCACGAGCGACCUUCUCUCGAACAAAGUGAAUGUCCAUCUCAAUGUGUUUAGUGCGCUGAUGCUGGACAGGAUUGCCAGAUAGGUGGAUGGCACUAACAUUAUCAUAGUAGACCAAAGUAGCCUGAGAGAGAGGAAAGUGAAGCUCCAA